GAACGUGUGCUCAGGGUUUAGUUGAAUUCGUCGUCGAACGAGAAACAUAUUGCGCAUAUUCAAGUAAUAUUCUCAAAUCGAAAUGUCUGGACGUGGCAAAGGUGGAAAAGUUAAGGGAAAGGCAAAGUCUCGCUCCAGCAGGGCUGGCCUGCAGUUUCCGGUUGGUCGUAUUCAUCGACUUCUCCGUAAAGGCAACUACGCUGAACGUGUUGGCGCUGGGGCUCCCGUUUACUUGGCAGCUGUCAUGGAAUACUUAGCUGCUGAAGUAUUGGAAUUGGCGGGAAAUGCUGCUCGUGACAAUAAGAAGACCAGGAUCAUCCCUCGUCACUUGCAACUGGCCAUCCGUAAUGACGAGGAGCUGAACAAAUUGCUUUCCGGAGUAACCAUUGCUCAGGGUGGCGUGCUUCCCAACAUCCAAGCAGUUCUGUUACCGAAGAAAACAGAAAAGAAGGCGUAGACAGUCAAUAUCAAUUAAACAAAAUGGUCCUUUUCAGGGCCCCAAUACUAUUUCAUCGUAGAAUGUGCAUUCAGUUCACUAUUACUAUGCUAUUUCCUUUCUAACCCCUAGACUAUUACGUACUGCGUAUAUUGAAUAAACACAAAUCAUAUUCACAUAG